UGCUCCGUUAUACACAACUGUUAAUACCGCUGUCUGGGUGGUGCAGCCGAAUUGUUAAUUGUAAAAUUUGUUUAUUAAUAAAAUGUGAGUGUUUAUUAUUUUUAUGAAGGGAAAUAAAAGUGUUGAUUGUGAUCAGGUUGGAAACGCGAGGAUUGGAGAUGGAUGUGCAUACUAAUAAAGAACUUAUUAAAUGUUGAUUAACUGUAAACCCUUUGUGUAUAAAGUAUAUUUAUAAUGGAUCAUGUUGCUGUAUGUGUCCUAAUGGCCACAUUGGCCCAUGUAACAAAUCAACAUUAUACGAGCACUACUGAUGGUUACACUGUUAUUGAUAUGGAAGUACCCAGUAAACCGCUCAACAUUACAGUUCUCGGUGUAACUUCUACUAGCGUCUAUUUGAGCUGGUCUGAACCCUUACGUGCCAAUGGACCAAUCGACGGCUAUCGAAUUUACUUUAUGCACGCGAACUUAACAGGAGUGCAAACUCAUCGAAUACAUGGAGGAGGUUCUAAUAUACAAUAUAACUUAACUCAAUUAAAGCCGAAUACAGAGUACGACAUAUGGGUUAAAGCAUUUACGGCGAAAAAUGAAGGAGAACGAUCUGAUUCCAUCAUUAAUAAGACUGAUAUUAGUGGUCCUAGUCCGCCUAUAAUUUUAAAUUUAACAUGCCAAGCACAGGAUACAAUUUUUUUACACUGGCAAAGACCUCUAGAAUCUCCAAGUACCAUCGACUUUUAUCAUAUUUAUAUUUAUACUAUCGGUGCAUUAGUGUAUGACAAUAUUACUCUUCCUACUUCUAAGGAACAUUUGCAAACUUCGUAUUCCAUAAAAAAUCUGACAACGGACAUGUUAUACCAUGUACAAAUUAGCGCAGCCUCCUACAGCCAUUAUACUGAUAAGUUAAUUGAAGGACAACUAUCGGAACCAAAAGAGGUUCUGGUACAAUCAAAUUGUGAUAAAAUUCAACAAUACAUGAGGCACACAACUAACGAACUUAGUGCGGGCAUGAUCGCCGGAGUGGGUUGCGCCGCAUUUGCAUUUUUGCUGUCAAUACUAGCCUUCUUCAUUUGGAGAAAAUGUUUCCAUUCUACGUAUUACUACUUAGAUGAUUUACCUUGUUCGGUUCCGAGUACAUCAUUAGAUUGGAAUGUGGCCUCUGAUCCCUCUGGCGAUUAUAAGGGUGCAAUACCGGUCGAUAUGUUUGGAAAGCAUGUUGCCGAAUUACACGCCGAUGGGGACAUCGGCUUCAGUAAGGAGUAUGAAGCUAUUCAAUCCAAUCAUGAUGAGUAUUCUUCGGAGCAUUCUCAGCAUACAGAUAACCGUGCUAAGAAUAGAUAUUUAAACAUCAUUGCGUACGACCAUAGCAGAGUCCAGUUAUUACAAAUGCCAGGCCAGAAGAAAAAUAUCGAUUAUAUAAAUGCGAAUUAUAUAGACGGUUUUCAAUGGUCAAAGGCGUACAUAGGAACUCAAGGUCCUCUACCUUCGACGUUCGAUUGUUUCUGGAGAAUGGUUUGGGAGCAACGAGUCACUAUCAUUGUCAUGAUAACGAAUCUCGUGGAAAGGGGAAGGGGCACUGUUGCAUUUCCGUUCGUGCAGUGCGAUACAGGUCGUUACGAGAGGAAGUGUGAUAUGUAUUGGCCGAAAGAAGGUACAGAAACAUAUGGUGUUAUACAGGUUAAACUAGUCAAAGAAGAUAUAAUGGCAACAUACACUGUGCGGACGCUGCAAAUACGGCAUCUUAGGAUCAAAAAGAAGAAAGCAGCUAUGGCGGAAAAAUUAGUGUACCAGUAUCAUUACACAAAUUGGCCCGAUCAUGGUACACCCGAUCACCCUCUGCCCGUUUUGCAUUUCGUGAAGAAAUCUGCAUCGGCCAAUCCGCCGGACGGAGGUCCUAUAAUUGUGCAUUGCAGUGCCGGGGUAGGGAGAACAGGCACUUACAUUGUCUUAGAUGCAAUGUUAAAACAAAUUCGUAGUAGAAGCGAAGUAAAUAUAUUUGGAUUUUUACGGCACAUUAGGAGUCAACGAAACUUUUUAGUACAAACAGAGGAACAGUAUAUAUUUAUUCACGAUGCUCUGUUAGAAGCAAUUGAAUCAGGUGAAACGAAUAUUAAAAAAGAACAAAUCCCAAAAUAUGUGCAAAUUCUGCAAAGUAGUAAUGUUGAGGAAAAAACAGAACCAUGGAAGCCAUUAGAGUAUCAGUUUAAAUUAGUAACAAGUUUUCAAUGUAAGGAUUUUAAUGUAAUAUCUGCCAAUAAAGUGAUUAAUAAGCCAAAGAACCGAAGUGAAAUUGUUUCGGUGGAAAGCUCUCGAGUACAUUUAACCCCUAAACCUGGAGAAGACGGCUCCGAUUAUAUUAACGCCACAUGGAUUCAAGGCUAUAACAGUCUUAGAGAAUUCAUCAUAACGCAGCAUCCUAUGAAAGAAACCAUUAAAGACUUUUGGCAAAUGGUUUGGGAUCAUAAUGCACAAACUAUUGUAAUGCUUAGUAUAAUUGAUGAGGAAUUCGAAAUGUUUUGGCCUACCGAGCAAGAAAGCAUAGAUUCGGAUAACUAUAAAAUAAAAUUAUCGAGCGAACAAACAGAGGCGACGUACGUAACACGAGACUUCGUGAUGCAGUCUUUGCAAGACGAUUAUGAACUUCACGUACGUAUGGUGCAUUGGACCAAUUGGCCCCGACAGUGCGUCUAUAUUUCUGAAAUAUUUCAACUACCUAACGCUGUACAGGAAACUCAAUUGGGAUAUCAAAAUGGGCCGGUGGUCGUCGUUGACAGGUAA